GCACGACCCCGCUCCUGCAAAGUUGAUUUGCGCACAAAAAUCCUUUUUUGUGACAAGAAAAUCUGGCUACGAUUGAUGCAAGAAUAGCAGACUGCUUGUUUCUAGGGGCGUUUGCGUGCGUUACUACUGGAACGUCAGUAAUUACACGGCCUGGCUUAUCACAUUCACUUCUUGAAUUCCUCUUGUAGGGCGGGCUAGUUGUGCACCACAAUCGGGUUGCUUAUUGUAUUCGUUUGCGUAUUGAGCUCGAGGAACAACGAACAUUCCAAUUUCUUCAACAAGUUGAAUCUGUAAUUGCUAUAACUGAAGUUUCACGCGACUGCAUUUACAGUUAUUGGCUCUUCUGGACGCCUCUCGUCGAACUUCAAUUAGAACUUUCUUGUUUCUUGUUGUGUAGUGUUGGCAGUGCCACCAGUUCGACUUGUUACGGCGAAUUUACAUACUUACACGGAGAAGUAGACCUUUUGCUUUUUUGAAAACUAAAGUUCUAGAUCGCGCAAAAAAAAAUGGCGAAGGCUUCCGUUGCGCCCUCGGACAUGGCCAACAUGGUGGAUGUGCAGCAAUACGCCAACCCCGCCAACAAGACUGCCCCCUCCUCGAUGAUGGAAGACCCUUUGACGGAUUACAAGUUCAAUAAUGGGGAAUUUUCCAAUUUCGGAUCCACCCAGGGCGGAACAGCAGGCAUGGGAGCAGGCUCUGCCGGCGGGGGCGCAGCAGCUGCGGCCAACGGGGGCGGCUUCAUCGGUUUCCUGGCCGGAAUGUCGGGGAAGAUGAUCGUGAUCGCGGUCUUUGGCAUCGGCGCUGCCGUCGGCGGCAUCGGCGCGAUCGUGGCGUACGUGGUUGCCACCGGCGCGGCGGACAACUCGGGCGCAAAUUCGUUUCCCGCGGGCGAAGGCGUCGCGCUGCACACCGGAAUCACCAUGGACCAGGUUGCGGGCCACAACUUCAAGUCCUCGUGCUGGAUCGCGGUACACGGCAAGGUGCUGGACGUCACGGAGUGGCGCAAGGAACACCCGGGCGGCAAAGACGCGUUCACCUGCGGGGAGGACAACACGCAGAAAUUCCAAAACCAGCACGGCGGGGUGGAGUCGCUGGAGCGCCGGAUCGCGCAGCAAUCGCAGUACGUGAAGGAUUUAGGAAAAGUCGCGACACUGAAAACAGGUUCAGGUUCUACGUCGAGCUCCACGUCCUCUUCCUCUAGCAGCGGAAGCAAAAAAAUCGAGUUCGAUUUCUCGAACGUGCAAAAGCAGCCGCACCCGGGCAGCGGCGCCGAGUGGAAGACCAUGGUUUACAUCGAACUGAAGGGCGGCGUGGACGGUGCGGCCAUGUUUGUGAACGUAAACAACCCGGAGGAAGUGAACCUCUGGUGCGGCAAGCGCCCAACCUUGUCCGGUGAAAAUUACUGCACCUGCCUGGCGCCCAGUUCUACCGCGGCGGCCCAGGACUGCACCAGCUGGCAGCUGCGCCGGGGGCCAACCGGAAAUGCGGACGACCGAUACGUGAGCGACAUGGCCGGCACGGCGGGGCAGCUGGCGAUGACGGACGUUUUGGGGGGCGGGUCCAAGGGGUGGAUGCAACUGUGGAACGAGAACAAGAUGUCAAUCGUCGCGGGCGUGGGCCGGUACGACCACGGCCGCUCGCACUUCGAAGUCAAGGACGCCGCAGCAAAGGGCGUGUCCGUAGCAAAGGAGGCGGAAACCACGCACGGGUGGUUGGCCAAGAGCAUCUUUGCGUACAACAAUCUGUACACGCAUCCGCCGGAUUCCGCGAAAGCCAAAGACCCCGCAUUGCCCGACGGGAUCUCGUUGGCAAAUGCCGCCGCCGGUCCGAACGCGCUGGAGGUGUCGGACGACUCCAUCUCCCACACGACGUUCCAGCACAUCUCCGGCGUCAAGUCGGUCGACGGGGUGGUCGCGUCUUCCAAGUUCGAUUUCGUGAACCCCUUUACCGCGGCAAAAAUGAUGGCCGGGUCCGGUUCGUCUCUGAGAAAAAGAACCUUGGAAGGAGCGGCUGAACAAGUCGCAAAAAAUUCUCUGGUCGUGCCAGAAGAGGACUCAGCUUUACUCAGUUCGACUUCCGAGGACAUUAUUAUUCCACCUGGAGGCAACAACUACGUGGAUCAUGCCGAGCAACCGCAGUGCGGCGCCCGGUACGAGCACGCGAUCGGAGGUGGAUCAUGGGGGGUGAAGAACAGUAAUAUUGGCGAUCAUUACAAUGAUUUGCUCGCAACUGAGCAUGCAAACACGGUGCAGUGCAUCGAGCUCCGGCAGAUGACGGACGAGGAGGAGUGGAGCACAACCAAGAGCAACCUCGGUCUGGAGGAGCUGCUCGCGAAGGAGGCCUCGAUCUUCCAGGGUGUGGGCGUGAUGCAGGAAAAACUGGCGCAGUACCGAGACAAUCUGUCCACCCUCUGCCCCAACUUCCCGGCGACCGCCGAGUGGGCCGACAGCUCCUCGGACGCGCAGAUCGGCAUGCAGCUGCGCGCGGUGGCCAUUUUGCUGGUGAACGGCGUGCGGCCGAAAGUGUUCCAGCUGCAGCAAACGAAGUACGACACGCACUCCAACCAGGGCGCGCGCCUGCAGACGCUGCUGUCCGACCUGAAGACCGGCGUUUACACGUUUGUGCGCGCGGCCGAGGCGUGCGGCUUUGCCAACGACGUGCUUGUGACAACGUUUUCCGAGUUCGGGCGCCGGCUGGAGGAGAACAGCCGGAUAUGCAUUGCAAAUACGGCUGGGUCUGGAAUAAAAGUGACACUUGUAAUGCAUAUCUUGCAUUCCUGGAGAAUCUGUGUUGCAUGAGCAGCAAAAGAGCAGCUUCCUUUGUUAUGCAAAAACGCAAUUUGUCAUGCGUGCUAGGCAUCACAUUCAGAACGAAGCAGGCGUCUCGAAAACUUGUCAUGCUUGGCUGCCAUUGCAAGGGCUUCAAUCGUUUGCAAUUUAGCAUCACAGGUUUCCAGACCCAGACAUAUUUGCAGUUGAUACCGGAAGGGCACCGACCACGGGUGGAGCAGCUACUUCGCGGUGUUCGGCACGGUAUCAAUUGUAAAAGUGUCUGGGUCUGGAAGAAUGCAACUUGUGAUGCUGCGUCUGCAUUAUCGAAAAAUCUGUAUUGCAUGAACAGCAAAAGAGGUAUGAUUUUGGCCACGGCGAGAGGGCAUUUCUCAUGCGGUAUAGGCAUCAGAAAGCCCUCACAAGAUCUGUGAUGCUAGGGCAUGCAUCGCAGACAUCAGGAGUCAUGCAAAAUGUGCAUGACAAACCUUGCAUCCUUCCAGACCCAGACAUUUUUGCAUUUGAUACACGGGGCUGCAGCGCAAGGUGUUCGGGUACGACCCCGUGAAGCAGAGCGCGGAGUUGGGCAGCAUCAUCCCGUAUCAACUGUAAAAGUGUCUGGGUCUGGAAGAAUGCAAACUUCUCAUGCAUAUUUUCCAUGCCCCAUGAGGUUUGGAAAGCAGGGCCUAGCAUGGCAGGUUAUGCGACGUCCCUACUAUGCCUAUCCUGCAUGGCAAACUUGUUCAAAACUGCACAGCUUUUGGUAGUCACGCAACACAAAUUUUUGUACGAUCCAGACUUAGCAUGACAAGUUCGCAUCCUCCCAGACCCAGACAUAUUUACAAUGCAUAUCCCGCGCCACAGCGACGCGUACGUGGAAUCGAAGGGGACCAAGGGCGACCUGCCGCUGAUCACCUCCGUGCAGACUUGGAACGCGUGCCUGCUGAACGCACUGGCCCUGCCCGCGCUCCCGCGGCUGGGGCGCUGUCCGCUGCGGCUGCGCAACGGCUUGGCGCAGAUCCCCUACUACGAGGAGCAGCAAUACUACAAGCAAAGCAGCGCUAGUAGUGCAACCACCGCCAGUUCCAGCACUGCGCAAACCACAACGACCGCGUCAAGUGCCACCUCGACCACCGGGAGCACGGCGCACUUGACGCAAGCCCUGACCACGACGGAAUUGUUGCACUUCUCGCGGCGGAUCGGGUUCGCGCCCCAGGCACUGAACUUCCACACGGAUAUCGCGACCGCGCGGACCAAUGCGGUGCAGCAACCGACCGCGCGCAACCCGGACGGCUCGGCCAACACCACGGUUACCCUGCAGCAGGCGAUUUCCCGGGUGCUCGCGCCCGCGAACACCGCCACCCCAGCGGCGGACACGCAGCUUUUUUUGAAAUGGAAGAUCCGCAAGUUCAACGCCCUCGCGCUGUGGAGCAAGGAACGGCAGAUGCGUCGGAAUAACUGGGAGGAGAUCCUGCAGCUGCCCUACCCGGCGCAAGAUUCCUUUCACAACCGCGUGCAGCGCUGGGACCUGGCGCAGUUCUUCGACAUGAGCUCUUUGUACAUCAACCCCAACAACCCGCACGACGGACGCGUCGACCUGCACGCGAACUACGUUGGGAAGGGGCACUUGCUGCUGCAGCACCUGCAGACAAAGGCGACCAUCUUCUACAUGGCGCUCCCGGUGAGCAAGGCGACGGGCAAGGCCAAAGACAAUUGGCUGGACGACGACGGGAAGGUGAAGGACGAAACCAAAGUGGCCUGGUACCAAACGGUAAUGCAGGUGCCGGACGUGAAGGAGAUCACGGCGCUCACCGUGCAGAUAUCAAAUGCAAAAAUGUCUGGGUCUGGAAGAUUUUGAGAUUUGUCAUGCUUGUCUGGCAUGACCAAAAAGUUUGUGAUGCGUGUCCAAGAGGAGACCCUUUUGCCUGUCAUGCCAAAACGCACUUUGUCAUGGGGAACACGCAACACAAGGAAGCGCAGGCAUUUUUCAUGCUUGCCUGUGCAUUACAGAGCAUUCACUAUUCCCAACGCAGCAUUACAAGUUUCCAGACCCAGACAUUUUUGCAGUUGAUAGCAGAAGGUGAUCGACGACCGGAAGUGCAGCACCGGCGGCACCGCGACGGACCCCUGCGACCCCGAGUGCGACUUGACCAAGUUUCUGGACAUCUACCACAACAAUUCCACGGCGAUGUUCAAGCCCGAGCACUACCAAAUCUGGAAGGGCCCGGACGGCACGAAGCAGACCGCGCCCUGGUUCAAGCUGAAGACCUGUGCGAAGCCGGACAACGAUAUGGCGUUCUCAAAUGUUACAUUCUCAACUGUUACAUGAAUCUGUAAUGCAAGAACGGCGAAAGUGAAAGGGGGAAGAUUGCGCCCUUUGCAUUACAGAUUUGGCACAGAUUUAGACGCUGUUCAGCUCUUCGGAUAUUUGUCAUGCGAAGUAGCUCAAUCGUGGCGAUCUUGGUGGUAAAUUUGCAUGACAAAUCAUGUAACAGUUGAGAAUGUAACAGUUGAGGACGCCAUAGACGAUCGCAAGACCUUCGAGCACGAGCGCGCGAAUCAGCUGAAACUGAAGAUUAUCAAAUGUAAAAAUGUCUGGGUCUGGAAGAAUGCAUGUUUGUCAUGCUUGUCUGGCAUGACUCUUAAAUCUGUCACGCACGUUACCCAAGAGCUCCAUUUUUCUGUGAUGCAGAAGCGCAGUUUGUCAUGCAGAAUAGGCAACACCUAGAAGCUCAGAAACUUGUCAUGCUGAGCCAGCACCUGUGGCCUCAUCAUGAGACGCCACCGAGCAUCACAAGUUUCCAGACCCAGACAUUUUUUCAUUUGAUAAAGAUCGCCCAGUACCUGCAGGACCGCUACUUCGCGGACUUCACAUCGACCUCCCUGGGGCAAAUCCGGGCGCGCAUGACCUGGUUCUUCCUGAACUUUUACGCGACGCCCAAAACCGCGGUGAACGACGACUUGCUGAUGUACAAGCAGUACGAGACGCUGUGGCGGGGCAGUCUGGGGAACUACCGGACGCUCGCGUUACAAAUGUUCAACGACAAGGCGCUGCGGAAGUCGCUGGACCAAUUGGAAGAGGUCGAGUGCGGCACCGCGCCGAUCGAGAACUUCGCCCGGGAGUGGUUUGAGCGGUUCACGUAUAAAAUGCAAAUAUGUCUGGGUCUGGAAGAGUCCGAACUUGUGAUGCUGCAUUUGGAUUCCAAAAAAAUCUGUAUUGCAUGACCAGCAAAGGGAAUGCAAUUUUGGCUACGCGGAGAGACCAUUUGUCAUGCGACAUAGGCAUCGCGAAGGCCUCAAAAAGUCUGUGAUGCUAGGGCAUGCAUCACAGACAUCAUGGCCCAUGCAAAACGUGCAUGACAAGUCUCAGACAGACGUGCACGGACAUGCAAAACGUGCAUGGCCCAUGCAAAACGUGCAUGAAGGAUUCGUGGCCGGGAGAUGAUGGUGAUGGCACUUCGGUGUCCGCCUGACCUACCUUCCCUGCGUGACAGCCAUCUGCGGCCGUUUGCAAAGGGGGAGGCAAAGUGUGCCGCACUUCUGUUUAGCAUGACAAGUCUCAGAAUGUUCCAGACCCAGACACUUUUGCAUUUGAUAUCACGGUGGGCCUGCGCGCGCACAACGAGGGUGACGUGAAACGGCUCAGCAAAGGGCUCAUGAACUGCAAGGACGACUCGGAGACGGCGAAUCUCGACUUGAUGCAGCCGGGCGUGAUCUUCUCGGACCCAAUGGAAAUCCCCUGGACCCUCACCUACGCCGAGCAGAAGGCGUUGGUGGACCGGAUCCUCGACAAAAAAAUUGCCGCCAACGAGCCUCCGGCGGCCGCGCAGUUCCUGUGCUGGAAACUGUACAACGAGUUUGGCGUACUGCCUUCCAUGGAUAGCAUGAGCGGGAUGAGCCUAAGCUCGAUCGGUAUUUGUUUUUCUUCGGUGAAGUAAACGUUCGGUCGGUUUUGUGAAAAAUCUUCAAAUGUCGAUCUUCCUUUUAUUGUCUGUUGGUGACGACGCUGGUGACACUACGUCUGAUAAUAUUGUCAUCGAUUACAGGUAUGCCUCCCGCGGUGGUUUCCUGCGCGACGCACUUCUACGACCACAAUUACGAUCUGACGUUCGCCCUGGAGUACAUUUUGCAGGACCAGGCGCACUUCCGCGACACGCUGGGCACCAAGACGCGGUGGCCGCACGCGGUGAUUUUCGGGGCGUGGACGGAGUUCCAGCCCGACGGAAUGGACCGGAGUCACGCGGUGUGGCGCAUGACCCAGGUGGGAAUGCAGCCGUUCGAGCCGCAGGAUGUGUCUGGGUACGACCUACACUCGGUGUGGACGCUGGACCGCAUCUCCGCCGCGCACAAGUUUCUGGAGCAGAAGGUGAAGCCGAAGCUGCAGCAGGCGAGCGAAAAGUGGCACUUCGACAACAGCACCAUUUUUGAGACCACCUACGCGGAUUACGCGCUGAUUCCGAAGAGUGGGAGUGAGCAAGCGAUGAGCGGCAACAGCCUCUACUCCUACGCGGUCAAACUCUGCUCCAACGAGUUUGUGGACGUGAAAGGAAUGGAGGGGAAACACAUCAUCCAGAAAGAGGUCUUGUUCGAUCCGUCGAACACGGACUACAACAGCCGGAACAAAAGGUACCAAGCUUGGAAGGCGGCACUGGAAAUCGCCGUCAGUAACGUCUGCCAGUUUGUGUGCUAAGGCUAACUGGGACAGAAGUACUUAGAGUCAAUGAAGACAAGUCUCAUGUUUCUAUUGUUUCAGCGGGCUCAUAGUUGUCAUACAUUUCUUUUUCUUGUUACACUGUCACUAGUAGAAUCAGACGGCAAUAUAAAUAUUACAAGUGGUAGGCUCGAUGUGCAGAGCUGUGUUCGAAGUUGUAGCAGGAGCGUUUGUAGUUGCAGCGUUUUAGCACGACAUAUUGACCUACCGAGUCACGACGCUAUUUUAAUUUUUCUCCGACAUUUAUUGUUUCUUCUUCUUCAUCAUGUACAUGUUCAUUUGUCUUUGUUUCUAUCAAUGCCCCCAGAAGUAGUCCUGAAAAUGUGGCAAAAGCAAUCAACAUCUAAGUAACUUUACUUACGUUGCCAUGAUUCGUCCGCGCCCUGCAUGCACUUCUGAAAAUCAUGUAUAUCGUCAUGGUCCGUCUCGACCUAGUACUUUUUAAUUUCACGCCGCCAGCAGGUUGACUGAGAAAUAAGAAUAACGGUAGAACUGUUGUGUAAGAUACGAUAUGCAUAAUCCCCGCCCUGGCAUGAAAUCACAGCUGGAAUGACCCUCACUUUCAUACGCGAGGACCAGGAGGCUGUGUUGUAUUAACUGCUUUCAUUUUUAUCCAUGGGCUAUUGUGGCAACAUGAACAUCAUCAUCGCGUAUCAACGAGUAUAUCAAAAUCAAUUUAAUCAUUUUGAUAUCAGUAUCAAACGGACGACCGAGAAAGAAGGCCUGUGCUGUUGUAGAUCAACUGCUCAU